GCCUGAUAUCAGAGAGCCAAAUGAACACCUUGCUGCUAGAGGAAUGGAGUUCUUGAACUGGUUGUGGACACGUAAGGAGAAAGAGAUUGCAAUUGUUACACAUAGUGGAUUCUUGAUACAUACACUCAGUGCAUUUGGUAAUGAUUGCCAUCCAGAUGUGAAGAAUGAGAUAUGUAGACCAUUCAAGAACUGUGAACUGCGGUCCAUGGUUAUUGUUGACAGAAGCAUGAUAGGGUCAGAUUCUUCAACAACUGAUUAUCCAGGAAAAAUUCCAAGUGGAGUAGAUGUCCCAAGUGACGUUACAUGUAUUAAUCAUCCAGAUGGAUUUUCAAACUGAUCUAAAGCAGCGGCAAUCAAAAGUGGUGGUGUUUGGGUUGCUUUUACGAUUCUUUCAAGUAAUAUUGAAUUAUUAUCUCAUUUGGAGCUGGCACUUUUUGGCCGACUCAGAAUUUAUUAUUCUUGAAGAAAGUCGACCGAGCCAAACUCAGUUUACAAGUAUCAACAAGUAUUUUGUCGGUCUUUUUAACAUGACCGCCCAAAACCAUUUGCAAAUAAAUUUGCACCUAUUCUAAUUGGCCAUAGUUAUCUAAGGACGGCAAGAAGAGAUCUGCUUCACCGUACUUCAGUACGAUGACCACAUUAAAAAUAGCUUGGUUUAGUUGAGACUUUGGUUAGUUGACAAGCUUGUGGUGGCUUUAUCUUGUUUUUUAUGUUAACUUUUUUUUCUUUGUUCAGCAAUGAGAAAGAAGAAAGUAAACCUAGACCUUGAUUAUUUAGUCAGCUGUAUCUUAUUUGAACAUUAAACUAAGUCAAGCAUUGCACCAUUCAGUCUUUUGGAACACAGAA